AUGGACGCCCUGGAGUCCGAACUGACCUGCCCUAUCUGCUUGGAGCUCUUCGAAGACCCACUCUUGCUCCCCUGCGCCCACAGCCUCUGCUUCGGCUGCGCCCAUCGCAUCCUGGUCUCCCACUGCGCCACCAACGAAUCCGUGCACCGCAUCAGCGCAUUCCAGUGCCCCACCUGCCGCUAUGUCAUCUCCCUGAGUCCGGAACGAGGACUGGAAGGACUGAAAAGGAACGUGACCCUGCAGAACAUUAUCGACCGGGUCCAGAGGGCUUCGUCGUCGACCGGGCUGCCGUUAGCUUUGCCCGCACCUCACAGUGGGCCCAACUCCCCCACGGACGACCGGUUGGCGUUGGUACCCGUCCACGCCGCAAUGUCGAGCCCGGGAACCCCUCCGGAGCCGGUGCAGUGCCAGUUCUGCGAGCAGGACCCGCCCCAGGAGGCGGUGAAGACGUGCGUGACCUGCGAAGUGUCUUAUUGCGAGGAGUGUCUGAGGGCGACGCACCCGAACAAGAAGCCGUUCACUGGGCAUCGGAUGAUCGAACCCAUGCCGGACUCGCACCUGCGCGGCCUGCAGUGUCUGGAGCACGAGGAGGAGAAGGUCAACAUGUACUGCGUGACAGACGACCAGCUCAUCUGCUCGCUGUGCAAGCUAGUCGGAAGGCACCGCGACCACCAGGUGGCAGCACUGAGCGACCGCUACGAGAAACUGAAGCAAGCCCUGGACUCCAACUUGAGCAAUCUGAUCAAACGCAACAACGAACUGGAGACUUUGAUGGGAAAACUCAUCCAAACUUGUCAACACGUCGAGGUGAAUGCUUCGCGGCAGGAGGGCAAGCUGCUGGAGGAGUGCGACUUGUUGAUCGACAUCAUUCAGCAGCGAAGGCAAAUAAUCAACAGCAAGAUCAAGGAAGGGAAGACUCAGAGGCUGCGCAAACUGGCCCAGCAGAUCACCAACUGUCAGCAGUGCAUAGAGCGGUCCAGCGCCCUGAUCACGCAGGCCGACCAGACGCUGAAGGAGACGGACCCCGCUCGCUUCCUGCAGACGGCCAAAACCAUCAACGAAAGGGUUUCUAUGGCGACCGCAUCCACCCAAGUCCUGAUUCCAGAGAUAUCGCUAACAGACACGUUUGACAACUUCGCCUUGGACUUUACCAGAGAGAAGAAACUGCUGGAGAGUCUGGAUUAUCUCACUGCUCCCACGGCUCCGAGCAUCAGGGAGGAGCUGUGCACGGCGUCCUAUGACACCAUCACGGUUCACUGGACCUCCGACGAUGAGUUCACCGUGGUGUCGUACGAGCUGCAGUACGCCAUCUUCACGGGACAGGCCAACAUCGCAAGUCUGUGUAACUCUCUGGACAGCUGGAUGAUUGUCCCCAACAUCAAACAGAACCACUACACGGUCCACGGUCUGCAGAGCGGCACCAAGUACAUCUUUGUGGUGAAGGCCAUCAACCAGGCGGGCACCAGGAGCAGCGAGCCCGGGACCCUCAAGACCAACAGUGAGUGA